AUGGUAAAUUUGUCACUGCGACAAUUAAAACAAAUAUGUCAUUAUAUAUUUGGCCACGUCUCACCAAACACCGCGUCGACAACUUCUCCGACUACGUCCCCGAUAACCUCAUCAACGACAUCACCGACAACUUCACCAACGACAUCGCCAACAACGUCUCCUAUAACCUCACCAACCACUUCUCCAACAACUUCUCCAACGACAUCUCCGACAACAUCUCCAACUACAUCACCGACUACCUCACCAACGACAUCACCAACAACUUCCCCAACUACGUCUCCUACAACGUCCCCGACUACUUCUCCUACUACUUCACUAACAACAUCCCAAACUACUUCUGCAACUACGUCUCCUACAACAUCCCCAACUACUUCACCAACAACGUCCCCAACUACUUCACCAACAACUUCACCAACUACAUCACCAACAACUUCUCCUACAACCUCACCAGCAACUUCCCCAACUACGUCCCCAACAACAUCUCCAACUACAUCACCAACGACAUCUCCGACAACAUCUCCAACUACUUCCCCAACAACUUCCCCAACUACGUCUCCUACAACCUCACCAACAACUUCCCCGACAACAUCUCCAACUACAUCACCAACUACUUCUCCGACUACAUCUCCAACAACUUCUCCUACUACUUCACCCACAACCUCACCAACAACGUCCCCAGCUACGUCUCCGACAACCUCACCAACGACAUCUCCAACGACAUCUCCGACAACAUCUCCAACUACUUCGGCAACAACUUCCCCAACUACGUCUCCUACAACUUCUCCGACUACGUCUCCUACAACAUCCCCAACUACCUCUCCAACUACUUCCCCAACAACUUCACCAACUACCUCGCCAACGACAUCACCAACAACUUCUCCGACAACCUCACCAACGACAUCACCAACAACUUCUCCUACAACCUCACCAACAACUUCCCCAACUACAUCUCCGACAACCUCACCAACAACCUCACCAACAACUUCGCCAACCACGUCUCCGACAACAUCUCCAACAACAUCUCCAACUACCUCACCAACAACUUCUCCUACUACAUCACCAACUACUUCUCCGACAACCUCUCCUACUACGUCUCCGACAACCUCACCUACGACAUCUCCAACGACAUCACCAACCACGUCCCCAACAACUUCUCCGACUACGUCUCCUACAACUUCCCCAACUACGUCUCCUACAACCUCACCAACAACUUCCCCGACAACAUCUCCAACUACAUCACCAACUACUUCUCCGACUACAUCACCAACCACAUCUCCAACAACUUCUCCUACUACUUCACCAACAACCUCACCAACAACGUCCCCAGCUACGUCUCCGACAACCUCACCAACGACAUCUACAACGACAUCUCCGACAACAUCUCCAACUACUUCGGCAACAACUUCCCCAACUACGUCUCCUACAACUUCUCCGACUACGUCUCCUACAACAUCCCCAACUACCUCUCCAACUACUUCCCCAACAACUUCACCAACCACCUCGCCAACGACAUCACCAACAACUUCUCCGACAACCUCACCAACGACAUCACCAACAACUUCUCCUACAACCUCACCAACAACUUCCCCAACAACUUCGCCAACAACCUCACCAACAACUUCGCCAACAACCUCACCAACAACUUCGCCAACCACGUCUCCGACAACAUCUCCAACAACAUCUCCAACUACCUCACCAACAACUUCUCCUACUACAUCACCAACUACUUCUCCGACAACCUCUCCUACUACGUCUCCGACAACCUCACCUACGACAUCUCCAACGACAUCACCAACCACGUCCCCAACAACUUCUCCGACUACGUCUCCUACAACUUCCCCAACUACGUCUCCUACAACCUCACCAACAACUUCCCCGACAACAUCUCCAACUACAUCACCAACUACUUCUCCGACUACAUCACCAACCACAUCUCCAACAACUUCUCCUACUACUUCACCAACAACCUCACCAACAACGUCUCCGACAACCUCACCAACGACAUCUCCAACGACAUCUCCGACAACAUCUCCAACUACUUCGGCAACAACUUCCCCAACUACGUCUCCUACAACUUCUCCGACUACGUCUCCUACAACAUCCCCAACUACCUCUCCAACUACUUCCCCAACAACUUCACCAACUACCUCGCCAACGACAUCACCAACAACUUCUCCGACAACCUCACCAACGACAUCACCAACAACUUCUCCUACAACCUCACCAACAACUUCCCCAACAACUUCGCCAACAACCUCACCAACAACUUCGCCAACAACCUCACCAACAACUUCGCCAACAACCUCACCAACAACUUCGCCAACCACGUCUCCGACAACAUCUCCAACAACAUCUCCAACUACCUCACCAACAACUUCUCCUACUACAUCACCAACUACUUCUCCGACAACCUCUCCUACUACGUCUCCGACAACCUCACCUACGACAUCUCCAACGACAUCACCAACCACGUCCCCAACAACUUCUCCGACUACGUCUCUUACAACUUCCGCAACAACUUCACCAACUACCUCGCCAACGACAUCACCAACAACUUCUCCUAUAACCUCACCAACUUCGUCUCCCAGAACAUCACCAACAACCUCACCAUCAACUUCCCCAACUACGUCUCCGACAGCAUCACCAACUACAUCACCAACUACUUCGCCAACUACAUCACCGACAACCUCACCAACGACAUCACCAACAACUUCUCCAACAACCUCACCAACAACUUCCCCGACAACAUCUCCAACUACAUCACCAACUACUUCUCCGACUACAUCACCAACCACAUCUCCAACAACUUCUCCUACUACUUCACCAACAACCUCACCAACGACGUCCCCAGCUACGUCUCCGACAACCUCACCAACGACAUCUCCAACGACAUCUCCGACAACAUCUCCAACUACUUCGCCAACAACUUCCCCAACUACGUCUCCUACAACUUCUCCGACUACGUCUCCAACAACGUCCCCAACUACUUCACCAACUACAUCACCGACAACCUCACCAACGACAUCACCAACAACUUCUCCUACAACCUCACCAACAAUUUCCCCAACUACGUCUCCGACAACCUCACCAACAACCUCGCCAACCACUUCUCCAACAACUUCUCCGACUACAUCUCCAACCACCUCGCCAAUGACUGGUAAGUAA